CCACUUCCAUCUCCCCACCCCUCCCUGCCCGCGGCUGAGGUGAUGCCGGCGGCCCUCGGGCAGACCUCUCACGCUGCCCGGCCCGUGGGGCCUCUCUCGGGCGGUCCUGCUGGAGCCCUGCGCUGCCGGCAGAGCCGGUCCCGCUGCCCGCGGGCUCGAGAGGUGACGUGAGGGAGUGUGAGUGGGGCUUUCUCCAUGUUUGUUUCCUUUCUCAGGAGAAGACCUGCUGCCCAGGCGCAGAGCGGAGCGUCAGCUGCCAGCCGCUGGUGCUGGAGGUUUAGUGGAAGUCGUGGCUUAAGGACCCCCCACAUGUACCGAAGCAACUAAACAAGGGAAGAGGCUUAAAUCGAUGGUCUUGUGGGCUUCCCCCUGUUUCCGAUGGCCAACGCGCCCAGCGCGGAGGUGGUAGCUGCCGACCCCCGGGUACUGGCCUUAGCUGCUCAGGUUACCGAGAGCAAAGAACAGGACAUCCCCCUGCUACUUCUAAAGUUAAAGGCAGGAAUUUUAAGUAGUGCUUCCUUGGGAUCUGAAGAAUCAACAAAAAUUAAACAAGAUAUAUACAGUUAUGAUCUUACUCAGUACUGCAUGCUGGUCCUUAGACAAGACCACUUUCGGCUGAAUGGAGGCUGGGCUACUGCUGCCCAGCUAGCAGAGAUACUAAGUCAUUGUUGUGUAGGACUAGAGGCAAAAGAAGAUCCUGAAGAAUUUCACAAGAAAUUUCUUCCUUCAGCUAUAGACAGCCUGCUGGUUUUGGGAAGACGUCUGCAAGCACGAUUUAUCCGAGCAAUCAAGGAUGAAGAAAAACAGGAUUUUUUACGCUGGUUCCAAACAGUAACUGAUGCCAUCUGCUGGCUGCUCGGUGGGCAUAUUCAACUAGCAGCAUGUGUACUGCAAAAUGAUCACUUCCUGCAGUUGUUAAUAACAGAUGAUGUUGAAACAGCAAUUCUGAUGAUGUCUGUUUUACACAAUAUUUUGAAGGUCAAUAGUUCUGUCUUGCUUCAGGUUGAUAAAGAGACCCUUCACUCUGUUUUGGAUGAACUUGUUUAUAAGCUUUCAGCUACCACCAAUCCUGUCAUAGGAAAUGCUGCUACAAAACUGCUAUUGGUGGUGGCAAAAUUUUGCAAGCAGCUUGUGAAGUUACUCACAACUCGCUACAAAGGAUUAAAAGGGCUUUUAAGUAAACAGUGGACUGGCAAAGGAUUUGACAGGGAUCUAAGUCAACUUCUGGAUCUGCUGUACUUGGAACAAUCCAAUGGAAAAGGAGAAAUGCAGAGGCAGCAUCAAGCAGCUUGUAUAAUCCAGGCUAUGUGGAGGGGAUUUCAGACAAGAAAAAGGCUGAAAAAACUACCCCAAGCUGUGACUACUUUACAAAGAAGCUUCAGAGCCAAACGGGAACGGGAGCUGCAGCAUUUGAAAAAGCAGAAGGAAGAUGAGGCUCUAAAACUGCAAAUGCAACUUCAGAGACAGAGGGCCAUGAGACUGUUCCAUGAACGACAGCUGGCCUUACUGAAAAUAAUCCAUGCCAGUCAGGUAGGUAAGUACAUGGAGGAAAUGGAGGGGAAAUCAGCAUUAACUAUCCAGAGAUUCUGGCGAGGAUAUAGAGCAAGAAGAAAUUUCCAUCAACAGAGACAAUCUCUUAAGGAGUAUAAAGCAGCUGUUGUCAUCCAGAGAGCAGCUUGUAAAUUCCUGGAAAAACGAAGAAGGAGGAGAUCUCUUUCUCCUUGGAAAGAUCCCAAGGGACUGACUGAUGAGCAGAGACUAGCUUUGCAGCAGAAGGUGGAUGACUACAUCAAAUUGCAUCCGGCUUCCCAAAUGUCAGAAGAAAGGAGUAAAGAAUUACAUAUGCAGGCCCAGGAAAAGCUGGCACAGUUCCUGCUGAGGAGCAGGCUGGAUCAGAGAGCAGCUCAGCGAAGAGAGACAUUGCUGGUUCAGGUCAACACUGAUGUGGAGCUACUAAUGAAUGCUCCAGGGUUAGCAGAGACCACAGAAAAAGAUCUUGAUGUCUUUAUGAGUCGAUCAGUCCCUGUAGCUACCAAAGCAAGACAGUCACACAACGCUAUGCUGAAAUACACUCGCUGGCCAUGGUGGAAGAAGCUUGGAGAUGAGUUUAUGGAGGAUGAUGUCAUUCCUGAUGAUGAUCUAAAUGCAGAACUGGGAACUCUAUUUAUUGGUGGAAGGAAAUCCUGUUAGGUAACAGGCAGAAGAAUAAUUUACUCAACCAGAUGCGUGGCUUGCACCAUGCACUCACUUGCGUGAGAUUUUAAGGAAGAAAAAUAUCUGAAUUCUUAGACGAAGCACUGACAAAGACCAAAGCUUUAUUUUAGUGCAUUUGACUUCUCUUAUUAAGAAUCUUAUUAUACAUCAAUAAUUAGAUCCUAUUUAUUAUGCUGUGGUAAAUAGGAUUUAUAUGCUGCAGUUGUAAAUGAUGAUAUUUUGUAAUUUGUAUAAUUUUAAAAGUAAAUUCAUAAGCUUUGGCUUUU